CGUGGCACUAGGAGACAAAGCUGUGAUCAUGCACUGCACAUGCAUUCACGUAGUCAGCUUGCACAGCCAUGACGAAAGAUGACGGUCUGCACGCGACUGGACAUCGGCUGCUGGCAGGGAAGGCCUGUUGAGUAACACAUUUCCCAGGCCCUAAUCAUCACUUCAUUCAUCUUCUGGCGACAUCUGCAACGCUUGUGCGGCGGGUGACGCCGGAAAUGUACGGACUCCUCCGACUUUUACCGACAGCGGAAGGGAGGCAACUUGCGGCAUUAAGCAAUGCAGACGCAACACCUUGGCGAGUGACAAGGGCUACCGUUUUCCAGGCGACUGACUGGCAGCCGUCACAGUCUUAUUUCAGGCCAUUUUUCUCCGUAGAGCUUCAUCUACACAAUAGAGAGAGAGUGGGCCUGUAGAAGACAAGCCGUUCAUCAUGGAGGCCCUGUUGCGCCUGCGUCGCGAGGCAGAGGCGGUAGCAGCAGCGGCAGUGUCAGAGGCUGUCACCAGUAGUCCUGACAUCACAACACAAGGGAGUACCAAACAGUCAAAACUAGACGAGUACAAGGACAAGAUUAUCGAAGAAAUAAAAAAGUUGCCAAUAUGGGCUGACAUCCUGAUUGUGGCUGGGGCGCUGCUGGUGUUAUCAUGCUGCCUAUACUGUCUGUGCAAACGCUGUUGUCGCAAGCGAAAGAAGAAGGAGGGUAAAAAGGGACUGAAAGGUGCUGUAGAUUUGAAGAGUGUAACGUUGCUAGGAAACUCAUAUAAAGAGAAGGUUCAGCCUGAAUUAGAUGAACUUCCUGUCAAUAUGGAGGAUAACGAGGAUGCUGAAAGUACUAAGUCAGAAGUCAAGCUGGGCAAGUUGCAGUUUGCGUUAGACUACGACUUCCAGAAAGGCGAGCUGGCAGUGACUGUCAUCCAAGCAGCAGAUCUCCCAGGCAUGGAUAUGAGUGGCACAUCGGAUCCAUAUGUGAAAGUUUACCUGCUCCCUGACAAGAAGAAAAAGUAUGAGACCAAAGUACAUCGCAAGACACUUAACCCGGUCUUCAAUGAGACCUUCACUUUCAAGGCUCCAUACGCAGAGAUUGGAUCCAAGACACUUGUGUUUGCUGUCUAUGACUUUGAUCGCUUCUCAAAGCAUGACCAGAUUGGUCAGGUUCAGGUGCCUCUUAACUCCAUCGAUCUCGGACGUGUUUUGGAAGAGUGGCGUGACCUUACUUCUCCUGACAGCGAGUCAGAAAAGGAAAACAAACUGGGUGACAUUUGCUUCUCCUUGCGCUAUGUGCCAACAGCUGGCAAGCUGACUGUUGUCAUUCUGGAGGCAAAGAACCUUAAAAAGAUGGAUGUUGGUGGUCUCUCAGAUCCCUAUGUGAAAAUAGCUCUGUAUCAAGGAAACAAGCGUCUGAAGAAAAAGAAAACCACUAUAAAGAAACGCACUCUCAACCCCUACUUCAAUGAGUCAUUCACUUUUGAGGUUCCCUUUGAGCAGAUCCAGAAAGUCACACUGAUUAUCACAGUGGUGGAUUAUGACCGCAUCGGCACUUCGGAGCCAAUUGGCCGUGUACUGCUUGGCUGCAACUCCACAGGAACCGAGCUGCGACACUGGAGCGACAUGCUGGCAAACCCACGCCGUCCCAUCGCUCAGUGGCACACACUACAGGAGGUUCCGGAGAAGAAUUAAGCUUUGUGCCCCUUCUUACCUCCCUUCUCUCAGCAUGCCUGCAACAUGGGAAAAGGUCUCAUCAAGCGACAUUGCUGUAUUCUCAAGAGUUGGAAGCUGUUGGCUCUGCUUGUACAAAAGAGGCUACAAUCAUGUACAAUCACAACAAAGAAAAGAAGAAAGAACUUCAUAUUAUUUUACUUCCACUCUGGUCGGGGAUAUGUUUGUACUUAGCUGUCACAGGAUGAUUUUUGUCUCGUAGUAAAGGGAGAGGAUGUUAUGGUUAUAGCUGCACACAUUUUACACUCAUGCCCAGUCCUGCCUGAACAUAUUGUUUUGAUUCCUCUAGACUGACUGCAGUUGCAUUAGCCAGUGCAAAGUCCAGUGGUCAGGUGACCAAUGUAAAAAUAUGCUAAAAGAAUUAUAAAAACAAUAAAUGUUUAUGGACUAGUUACAGGUUUUCACUUUCAACCCUGCCUUGGCACAUACACCUGAUUAAUGCAUAAGCUUUGGAGCCCAGGGGUCAGUGGUCACAAGAUAGGGUACUUUUCGGACGGAUUUUGUUUACGAGUUGCUGGUUCUCAAAGAAUCGUAAAGUUUCAUUGGGCCCUCAGGAUUGCACUGCCUGAGCUGAGUGAUUCAAAAUAGAUAGGCAGAUCUGUAGAAGUGUUGGAGGGGGGGGGGGAACUGGGAGGGUGGAGUCAAUUUUUGUCAGUUUUUUUCUAAAUGUGCUUCUGUGUCUGUCAUCACAGUUUUUGUUGCAAGAAUAAGUACAACGCCUUUUUUUUGCAAAGACUGCAGUUCAGGCAAAGACAAAGCGAAACAGGGAAGGAAGAAUGUGAUGUUUAGUUUUGUUCACAGUUUGUCAUUUGAGAAAAUGGAUCUGCUAAAAUAUACAGAAUACUAUAGUGGUCAGUUUCUAUUUUCAUGUUCCCUGCCUACCAAAGAUUAAAAGCAGCAAACCAAAGCUCCGGCUUUUACGAUCUUUGCUCCAGUAAUCAGCUAAAUCUCAGAUGUACAGCUUGGAGCCCAUUAAUCAACAGCACAAAUUGCAGCAUUGUAAACUUUUAUUGUGCAGUCUUCAGCAGUUGGAUUUCUGGCAGAGACCAUUCUUUAUGCCUUGGCAAUACGUUACAUAAAGUUAAAAGCUUAAUUUGAGAAAACUAGUUUGGCCAGCAACUUUGGUUCUGUCAUAAAACAUUAGAUUCUUAGGGAGUUUCUUGGAAUUAUGAUUAAUUUUUGCUACAAAAAGAUGAAUUAUAAAAAGCAAAUUCCUCCUAUAUAAAUAUAAAAAUAAAAAUAGUGCUUUGCAGGAAGUGAAAACUGGAAUUGGCUGAUAUGACUUGAGAAAUUUGUAACUGCUUUGUUGUUGUGAUGAUACAUACAUCACAGUAUGUUUUAAUUAAAAAUUUACUUUGUUCAGUUUUUUUAAAUUGGAGGCCGUAAUAGCAAUAUAUAGAAAGAGAUAAAUGUCCAAUUUAAAAAAAUCUUUUUGGAAGUUUCCUGUUUCAAAAGCAAAUAUAUUUCUUUCCCACUCCCCUGUCCUUCAUUUUUCACAAUUCUUAUUAAAGUACUGUCAAACAUUCCAAAAUGUAAGAAGUGUAAUAAUCUUGUAUCAAGUGUCACAAGAUCCUGGCCCUUUUCCCCAAAUUGUCGAUUAGCAGAGGUUUCUAGAUUUAUUUAAAGUUAUAGUUAUCCAGAGAGAAACUUAUUCAACAUGGGAUCAAAGAGCUGAGAGUUGAUAACAGUGUUCAUGUACUUACUGGUUGACUAUGUUGGUGGCAACGCGAAUGGGCUAUGGGUCUUUUCCUUAGGCUGCAAAAACAAAAAAAAAAAAAAAACAACAAAAAAACAACCCCAAACCCACUGUUUUCAAGAAGCAAUGAAAUGACGACAUUUUUGUCAGAAAAUCUCAUGUUUAAACUAAAUUUACAUCACAUUCACUUUCAUCAGAUUUUUUUCCAUUUUGUUUUUAAAACAAUGACUUUUUCUGCUCUUGUGUGUGAUUGUGGCAGCUGCUGUUUCUAGUUAUGUUUCAUGUUUUGACAUCAUGGAGGCGGUUAGAUCCAGUGGCUUAACUUUGUGUUUAAAUGUUUAUUAAACAGAAUAAUAUGCAUUUGUAAAUGCAAUUUAUGUUUAAUUUGACAUGUAGUCAGUAUCAUGGAAGAGUACUGUUUAAAGAGAACCUUCUCAAGUACAUAUAUAACAACUGUGAGUGAUCAACGAUAAAGAGAAAUGAUAAUAUUGCUUACAUUGUCUCAUAAUUUGCUGUUGGAAAAAAACCAAAAGAGAAAUCAAGAAUUUUAUCUUUUAAAGAGUGAUUGAAGCCAAAAAUAUUCAGAAGUUGGGAAAAGGUGAUUAUAAAAGAAAAAAAUGAUGAGAUAAAUUAUGUGAGGAAUAGGUGAAAACAGUCUAUAAAAUAGACUUUAGAGAUCAUAAUAAAGAAGAGUACUUGAUGCUUUCAUGAUCAUUAAAACCAAGUAUUAGACUGUAUUUAUUUGAAAACAAAAUCAAAUCCAGUUAUUUAAUAAGGAGAACAAUGAUCUUGAUAUUGUGGAUUUUCGUAGAUUGCUUCAUAACAAAAGAUACAAAUAUAUAAAUAAUGAUCUGUAAGAGAUUUUGUGUCAGUUUUAUUGACAAGGCCUCCUGGUUGUAGUCCCCAAGAUGACAGAUCAUAUUUGACAUUUUCUUGAGAUUUUGUUAGUUUUCCAAUCAAAACAGUGGGAUGCAGUGUUCAUGGAGAUGUAUAUAUGAUCUUGUCUUUUAGGACAAGAGUUAUUUUAAAUAUAAAUGAAAAUGUUACAACCGUGAAGGUGAUUUUAGCAAACAUUUACAAGCAACAGUUCUUUGUUACAUCUUUUCUUCUGUGAUGAUUGUGAAAUAUUGUAAUAGGGACUGCAUCCUUUAGAAGUGAACACAUAACUGCAUCCAAAACUAUGGAAACACUUUUCGGUUCAAAGUUUGUUUCCAAGGUGAUGUGUGAUGUACAUAACUAUCUUCUACCUUCCUUUGUCUCAUGACCCCAAAUUCCAUUAUUUCUCUCUCCUUCACCUCUUGAUCCUUGCUUCUGUUAUGGAAUUUAUUUUGCAUCAACCUCUGUGGUAGGAAUCAAGUUAUAACAAUCACAUUUUGUGUGUACCAGAAGUAUCUCCUUUUCUGUGUGUAGGCCACAUGCUGUUCUAAUGGUCUGACGUAAUGCUAGCUGUGAUACAAUACAUAAUGAGCAGAAGUUACAGUUCUGUACAUAUUAAUAGUUUUAAUAUUUUUUUUCGGAGCAUAGAGAAGGGGGGGGGGUGGAUUUUCUGAUACAUAGCUUCUUACAGUAGAUUAAAUCGAGCAUUUAAUCAGUUCUAUGAGCAACAUGCAAUUUUUUUCCAUGUUUGGAAAUUCAUACCAUUGUAGAAUUGGUACAGUGAAUUUUAACAGAUGAUUGAAGCAUGUGUCAUUAUUCAGCAUUGUAACUGGUUUUUUGUGAUAAGCACUGGUAUAAAAAAAUAUCAUCCAACUUGAAUCUGUACCAGAUUGCAGGUUUUUACCUUUAACAUUGAACAACUUUGUUAUUUCUAUGUAAAGAUUAACGAAGACUUCCAGUAUUCUCCCUUUUGCUUUGUAUCUUUCCUUUCGUAUAUAAAAGGACAUAAGAGAAAAGCUUGACUUUUGGUGCUUGUGCCAGUAAGAUCAUCUUAUACACAGCCAUGAUUACAGAAGCUUUGGCUCAACAGUAAUUUCUAAGAUUUGACAAAGAGAAGGGUGCUUAUUAGCAAAUAGUUUAUACAGUAACGAUGAUACUCUACAGUGUUUUGCUUCAGAACAAGGAGAAGGCAUUGAGAAUGCUUGCCCUUUGCUGUUAUUAUCAAGUGCAAUACUUUGUGCUAGCUCUCAGGAUUACGGUGUCUGUUUUAUUUUGUUAGUGAACUUUAUGUGCAAUCUUUAACAUUCCUUAUGAGACAUUCCCAUUGAAUUCCAUCAAGUUUUGAACUUUAGAAAUCAAAUAAUUUUAUGUACUGUUUUUGGUCUGUUAUCAUGACAAAUCAGAUAUUUUUUCUCUUUUUGGGAGGAAUCUUAUUAAUACUGCUUUUUGAGGGAUUUUUUUUCUUAGUGGACUGCAAGAUUAGUGCUCUUUUGUUGAAGGUAUAACACCUGUACAUACAUGAUCAUCAUUAAGACUUUCCAGCCCUAUGUCAUAUUAAGAUGCAUUUUUUUGUUUUGUUUUGUUUUGGGUUUUGUUUUGUUUUUGUUUUUUGCAGUAGAGUAGUUGCAGUUCAAAUGCAUUUUUUGUUCCAGUGCAGACACAAAAAUAGAACAGUUUGCAUCUCUAGAAUUGCUGUUAAACAAAGAGAUAACUCUUUAAAUGUCUGCUUCUUAUACUCCUUACCCAUAGGAAAUUAACUUUCAAUAUCAACUUACAGCACUGGAAGGAUUUUAACAUGAUGAGUAAGAAUAUUUUUUGAAUUGUAGCAGUUGGAAAAAGAAGUAAAAUUUAUUAAUUUAUGCUGUUACCUAAACGUUUUGUCAAGAGAUUUGUGUAUCAUGUAAUUGUGAUACAAUGGUAGUGAUAAUAAAAGAAAAGCUGCACAAUUUUCUUUUGAGUUAAAACAAGGUCACAUAUAAACGUGAAUGAAUCACGUGGUUACUGCAUUUCGACCGUAAAAAAAAAAAAUAACAUUGUGUCAACACUUAGUGCACUGUUUGGUUCUUGUCCACGUUGGUGAUAAAUAAAGUAUUUGUGGAACGGUCA